AUGUCAAGACAUCUGUGUCUUCUUUGUAUCACCGUCUUAACUUUACAUCACGUCGAUGGAUUACCAGAAAACAAUGGCGUUCUACACAAGAUCAAGGCAGGCUUGGAGUAUGCCACAAAUUAUUUGGAAACUGCGAAGGAUAUUGCUGAUUUGGUGGCGAAGAGCUUGGGUCAUAAUUCGAAACGAGGCGAAGAUGAUGUGAAGCAGAAGGGUACUUUUGGGACGUCGAAUCUCGUGUCUGCGUUUUUCAGGCUUGUUGGGUUGGACUCGCAGAAGGUCACUGCUAUUGCGGUUAACAGUGUCAUAUUUCUGGCGCAAAUGAUAGGUUCACUAUUCGACCUGAAGCCCCCCAAAGAGAACCUCGCCCGAAAUUUGGAAGACGACUUACCGUGGAAUCCAGCGGACCUCAUCACAGAAAGCAAGAACGACAGAAUACAGAGAUUGUUAAAUCAGGCUCAGGAUGAUGAACUACCGAAUCAGCUGAUCGAAAGAAUAGAGGACGUGAAUUUGGGAUGCGUGAGACUCUUGCUGUGCAAAACGUCGCCGGUGAUCAGAGGUGUGCAAAAUUUUCUGAGGAAUAAAACGCGAAACGAAUCGCAUCGAAUGACUUCAUGGCUUCCCAGCAGGGACCAGUUCGAAGAAAACAGCGACGAAUGUGAAAACACGCAUACCGAUUGCAGUUUAUUUUCCUAG